CAGACAACGAUGCAAAGAGUACAAGGCACACAUUACAGAGAGUAGUAGCAACUCGGGUGAAAAAUCCAGUUCCCGGCAUGCUAAAUUGAUAGAGUAGUCAGGGGAACGAAGACGAGAUGGGGAGUUUUCGCAUGACGCGCUUGAGAAGACUUUCUGGGGAAAAGCUGGGGUCGCCGACAUCGUCUAUCUUGAGUGAUGCGACCACGAUUCAAUUGUAACAAGAACGCAACAUGUCGUCUUUCUCAAGACUUGUCCGUUUCCUUGCGAAGGAUGGCAAAACAUACUACGGUGAUGCACUCAUGCCAUCAGGAGCGACCGACAUGACAAGAGUGGCUCAGGCCAAGGUUAUUCAAGGUACACCAUGGGGACAACACCGCGUCACAGACCGCAUAGCUGAUGUGCAAAAGCUCCUCGCACCUCUAGCCCGAGAAGACAUCAGGACUGUCCGCUGUCUGGGCCUCAACUACGAACAACAUGCCAUCGAAUCCAACAUGCCCAUUCCGAAAUACCCCGUUCUGUUCUACAAGCCCGUCACCUCCGUCGCCGGUCCCUUUGACAACAUACCCGUCUGCGCCGCUGCUCAAGAAGGCGAAGGCCUCGACUACGAAUGCGAGUUGAUUGCCGUCAUCGGAAAAGAGGGAUCCAACAUUCCCGAAGCACAAGCACUUUCGCAUGUGGUAGGUUACGCUGUGGGAAACGAUGUCUCUCAUCGUGAUUGGCAACUCAAACGUGGCGGUGGUCAAUGGGGUCUCGGCAAAGGCUUCGAUGGAUGGGCUCCCUUUGGCCCUGCCAUAGUCAGCUCCAAGUUGAUCCCAGAUCCGCAAAACCUGAGAAUUACCACAAAACUCAACGGGAACAUUGUGCAAGACAGUAAUACUGGUGACAUGAUCUUCGGAGUCGCAAAGACUAUCAGUGUCCUGAGUCAAGGUACCACUUUGCUGCCCGGAGAUCUCAUCUUCACUGGAACCCCACAAGGAGUCGGUAUGGGUCGCAAGCCUCAAGUGUGGUUGGAAGAUUGUGAUGUUGUUGAAGUCAAUCUCGAAGGUGUGGGUAGUUGCAUCAACAAGGUCGAAUUUGCAAAGACCAAGGCACGCCUGUAG